AUGAGCUCAAUUACGCUUGUUAGAUAUGAUCACCACCAAGACGAAGGCGGUCCGGAUCAUGCCGGCGCGUAUCAAGGUGCCUGGCCGGAUAGCGAGCAUCCGGCGCUCCUCCCGACGCCCUGGCUCCGCAUGCGCGACGACGGAGUCCCGGACGCUCAGACGAUCAUCCAUGAUGUGCGGAUUCACAACGAUCUCUUCCUCGCUGGCAUCGUGGUGUUGUAUUGGGAGCACCUGGUCACAUUCGAGGACGAGGUGAAGUACCUGUGGCAGAGGACGAGGACGGCGAGCACCUAUGCGUUCUUGCUCAACCGCUACCUCGCGUCGCUCGGCAAUCUAGUUGUGUUGGUGUUUCACUUCACACCACUCCCCUCAACGGUGCAACGGCGCGAACCUGUUUCGUCAGCUGCUUCUCCUUCUCAAUCAGAUCGUGAUCUGUGGUGGGCCUGUCUCCUCUUCAUGGCUUGCGUUGGCUCACAUGAAAUGCCAGUUCUGCUCACGCUGAGAAUAUACGCGAUCUACGGUCGGGGGAGCCAUCUGUGGAAAUAUCUUAUCGUGGCGGGCCUGGGUUUGCUAGCCAUCUCGGUGUGGGCCGUCAGCGGCAGUCGAGGCACACCUCUUCCGGACGACACUGCGGGUGGCUGCCAUACCGGUGUAUCGGAGAAAGUGGCCGUCCACCUCGUGGUACCCUGGGAGGCGUUAUUCGUCUACGACUGGCUCAUCUUUGCUGCCCUCUUUGCACGAUCUAUCCGAGCCCGGAGGGAAGAGAACGUCCGGCUACAGAUCGCACCAAGGGAUGGAGAGUUUCCGCUGUUCAGUUUGUUGAUCCGUGAUGGUGCGAUAUACUUCGUCGUGAUGGCGCUCACCAAUCUGGCCAACAUUCUGACUUUUUAUUUUACACGAUCUAUCAUUAAGGGAUGUGUAUCCACGCUUGCCAGCUGCCUCUCGGUGACAAUGAUGUCCCGUCUCAUGAUCAACCUCCACAAGGUGGACGCCGUCAAGGGCAUAUUCUCGUCCAAUGCGACGAUCGACCACUGGCGGUAUGGCACGGGCCGGCCGACCGUGGAACUGGACUCAUCCGUUCCAUGCCGCAUGGUCGAAGCCGCGCAGCCGCAGCUGACAUGGGAUGUCGGGAUUCGCAACGUGCUGCACAUCGUGGGCAUCGUGAUUCUGUACUGGGAUCAUAUCCUCAUGCUGGGGGACGAGAUCCACAUCCUGUGGUUACGCCCUGCGCGGCGGUCCAAGAGCGCGUACUGGUUCUUCGCAAUCCGGUACACUGCGUUCGUCGGGAAUCUACUCAUCACGUUGGGCAUGUUCUACCCGACUGUUUCUCCCGAGCUCGUGCUCGUGUUCAUGCAGGCGCUCGUAGCCAUGGUCAUGUUCCUCCGCAUCUACGCACUGUACAACCGCUCCCGCCGCGUGCUCGCCGGGCUCAUCGCGGUGUGCAUCCCCCUCGUCGCGCUCAUUGCGUGGUCGCUUGUCGGGCAGAAGACGCGGCCCGCGCCGAUGCUCUCCGGCGGGUGCAAUCUGCUGAUGUCCCGUCGAACGUCAAAUCACGUCGUCGGGGCGUGGUUCGCCCUCUUCAUGUACGACUCGGUGAUCUUCGGGUUGACGAUCUACAAAACGUACUCGACGUGGCGGAGGGCGGGAUCUCCCGAACACCUUCCGAUACAUGCUCUCAUCUUCCGCGACGGCGUGCUCUAUUUCGGUGCUCUCGCCUUGAUCAACUUCUCCAACAUCAUCACGUUUUACCUGGGCGGGCCCCUCCUUCGCGGCUCGAUGUCGACCUUCGCCAGCUGCGUCUCGGUGUCACUGAUGGCGCGGCUGAUGCUCAACCUGCACCGCAAGGCCGACGCGGGUGUCUUCGACGGCACGAUCCACCUCAGUCACAUAUCCAUACCCCCCAUCGCUGGCGCAGACGAGCAAGACGCGGCGGGGCAGGACGUGGAGGCGGAUGCCAUCGCACUGGCAAGCGGGCGACGACUGAUGGGGGAAAUCGAGACCCCCACGACGGCGACGUUCGUGCACGAGCCGGCCGUGGUCGAGCAGAGACGGAGUCAGGGGGAUGAUUGGACUGUUUGAAUACCACGGGUGUUGUUUGUAAUGGGUGAUUUUGCAUGUGCAAAUUCGG